UCGAGCGCUUCCGGUUGAGGAAGCGAUCAGCUCUGAAGCUCAACAGCAGCGACAGCCUGAUUUUCACACACUUAUCCUCAUAUAUUCAUACUUUUUCUUUCGCCGUAACAUCCAAAAACAUGGCAGACACUGGAAACCGUUUGCGCAAGUUGCUGGAAUCCCCUAAUUUCGACCCUCAGUCCUACGUGAAGCAGCUCUCGCAGCAGUCGGACGGGGACCGCGAGCUACAAGAACACCGCCAGAAAAUACAAACACUCGCCGACGAAACCGCGCAGAACCUGAAGAAAAAUGUUUAUAAAAACUACAGGCAGUUUAUUGAGACAGCCAAGGAGAUUUCUUACUUGGAAAGUGAGAUGUAUCAGCUGAGUCACUUUCUCACCGAGCAGAAGAGCAUAAUGGAGAGCAUUACACAGUCUCUCCUGUCCACAGAUAAAGACGAAGCAGCCAAAGAGAUGCUGGCAGCCUUCCCAAAGGAAACCGAAGAGGUUAAACAAAGAACCCUGACCACACUUUUGGAAAAAGUGGAGGGCUGCAAGAACAUCAUGGAAACCCCCGGCAGAUAUCUGGUCUAUAAUGGGGAUCUUUUGGAGUAUGACGCAGACAACAUGUCACAGAUCCAAAAGGUUCACGCGUUUCUGAUGAACGAUUGCCUGCUCAUCGCAACCUGGCUGGCGAACAGACAUGGAGCCGUGAAAUACAAAUACAAUGCGCUGUAUGAUCUAGAAAGCUUUGCGGUUGUGAAUGUAAAAGACAACCCUCCGAUGAAAGACAUGUUCAAAAUCCUCAUGUUCCCCGACAGCCGCAUCUUCAAAGCCGAGAACAGCAAGAUCAAGAAAGAGUGGCUGGAGAUUCUGGAGGAAACGAAGAAAAACAAAGUGGCGAAAGACAAACACAAAAAAGAAGAGGAGGUGCCAACGUCGCCGGUCAGGCAGGACGUCUCCACAAACCCGUUUGAUGAGGACGGACCUCUGGGUUCAGAGGAACUGGUGGAUCUGAGUCCCGAAUGGAUCCAGGAGCUUCCAGAAGACCUUGACGUGUGCAUCGCUCAGAGAGACUUUGAGGGUGCUGUUGAUCUUCUGGAUAAGCUAAACGAAUAUCUGAAGGAGCAACCAGUGAGCCCACGCGUGAAGGAGCUCAGAGGGAAGGUGGAUGAGCGUGUUCGACAGCUGACGGAGGUCCUGGUGUUCGAACUCUCGCCUGAUCGCUCGCUCCGUGGAGGACCUAAAGCCACGCGGCGAGCCGUCUCUCAACUCAUUCGCCUGGGCCAGUCCACGAAGGCCUGUGAGCUGUUUUUGAAAAACAGAGCGGCGGCCGUCCAAACCGCCAUCCGGCAGCUUCGGAUCGAGGGCGCCACGCUGCUUUACAUCCAAAAGCUCUGCAACAUCUUCUUCACGAGCCUGCUUGAAACCGCCAGGGAGUUUGAGACUGAUUUCGCAGGCAACACUGGCUGCUACUCCGCCUUUGUGGUCUGGUCUCGCUCGGUGAUGAAGAUGUUCGUAGAUGCCUUCAGCAAGCAGGUGUUUGACAGCAAAGAAAGCUUGUCCACCGCUGCAGAGUGCGUGAAGUUCGCCAGUGAGCACUGCAGGCAGCUGAGCGAGAUUGGCUUGGAUCUGACCUUCAUUUUACGAUCUUUACUCGUGAAAGACAUCAGGGCGGCUCUCCAAAGCCAGAAAGACAUCAUCAUAGAAGCAACAAAGCAUCGUAACUCUGAGGAGAUGUGGCGUAGGAUGAACCUGAUGACUCCUGAAGCUCUGGCCAAGCUCAAGGACGAAAUGCGAAGCUGCGGGAUCGGCAGUUUCGACCAGUAUACGGGAGAAGACUGCUGGGUCAACCUGAGCUACACCAUUGUGGCCUUCACCAAGCAGAUGAUGGCCUUCCUGGAGGAAGGGCUGAAGCUGUACUUCCCAGAGCUGCACAUGGUGUUUCUGGAGAGCCUGCGGGAGAUCAUCCUGGUGGCGGCGCAGCAUGUGGACUACAACCUGCGCUGCGAGCAGGAGGCCGAGAAAAAGGCCUUUAUUUUGCAGAACGCAUCGUUCCUGCAUGAGACGGUGCUUCCUGUUGUGGAGAAGAGGUUUGAGGAGGGAGUCGGGAAACCUGCCAAACAGCUCCAGGAUCUGAGGAAGAGCUCUCGGUCUGUCAGGGUCAACCCCGAGAGCACCAUGUCCGUCGUCUAAGAGAGAUGUGAAUGGACGUGAAUGAAUGAGACUGCUAAUGCACUUUAAGUCUCCAAAUCUCAAUACAUUUCACUACAUUGCGCUCAUAUGACUAAUUUGUGGUGUUGUGAUGCACUCCGAAACCACUCACACUCUUUAAAGAAAUAGUUCACGGAAAAUAGAAAUUUUUUUACUCAUUCAUGUCAAACCUUUAUGUUGUUGUACAUAGAAUGCAAAAGGAGAAUUCAUUUUUUUUUUUGUCAAAAUUUUAAAAUGGGUGUCAAGCUUGGCUAAAAAGCACAAUUGAAAAAUGAGUCUUCGAAUGACCGCAUAUGGUUUUGAAACAGAAUGGGGGUGAAUAAAUGGCAGAAUUUUCAAUGUUAUGUUUGUGUCCUUUAAGUCCAACUAUGGAAGCCUGUUUCUGCCACAGAAUAAAACAAAAAAGGUAACUGCGGCUUUUUAUCUCACAAUUCUGACUUGCAAUUCUGAGUUUAUAUCUCGCAAUUCAGACUUUUCAGUCGGAGACAAGAUUCAGAGGAGAUAUAAACAGAAUUAACUGAUGUAAGAUGUAAAGUGAAAAGAUUUAAAUGUAAAAAAAGUUUU